CAUCUGAAGGACUGGGAGCAGACGCACACUGCGACGCAUUCAGGGCACAUCUGCAUCAAGCGAAGGGACGUUCAGGCUCCGCGCCCGCUUUUCACUUCUCACUUCGCUGGAAAAGGAUUAUCUUAACAUUUUUUUUUUUUUUUUUUUUGAGAGAGAGAGAGAGAGAGAUAAAUUUGCGCUACUGAGAGACGCAUCUUUUCUGGAAUCAGCACUUUAUUGGUUUUACUGGCGGUUUCUUGAUCUCUUCAAUCGGAUUGUCUCAAGCAAGAGAAAAUGAUGAACAACAGAGAUCGGUGGAGGGUGUACAAGAGGGUGAGUGUCAUGUUUUUCCUGGCUGUGGUGACUCUGACUGUUGUCCAAAGAGGGAGCAUCAAUAUGGGGGCUCCCUUUGAACUUGAGAGGCAAGUUCGCAUGGAUGCCUCCGAGGAAACGGAGGUCGAAGACAAAACAGAUACCUUUAAGAGCUUCUGGAAGGCCAUCAAACACCAGCAGAUACCUGACACUCGGGUCACCACGCAGAGGCCCAGCAGCACUGAGGACGUCAACCCCAGAACCUGGGAUGUGACCUCCUCCAACUGUAGUGCCAACCUCAACAUCUCUAGCCAGGACUGGUUCAAGGGCCUGGAGGUCAACUUCAAGCAGUUCAUGCUUUAUCGACACUGCCGUUACUUUCCGAUGCUCCUAAACCAUCCAGAGAAGUGCUCAGGGAAUGUGUAUCUUCUAAUGGUGAUUAAGUCGGUGGCCACGCAGCACGAUCGUAGGGAGGUUAUUCGAAAAACUUGGGGUAAGGAGCAGGUGGUGAAUGGGAAGAGAAUAAAGACCCUCUUCCUUCUUGGUAAACCUUCCAAUGAGGCAGAGAGAGCGAACCAUCAAAAGCUACUGGAGUAUGAGGACUACAUCUACGGUGAUAUCCUCCAGUGGGACUUCUUGGAUAGUUUCUUCAACCUCACGCUCAAAGAGACACACUUCCUCAAGUGGUUCCACACUUACUGUCCAAGUGUGCGCUAUGUCUUCAAAGGGGACGAUGAUGUCUUCGUGAGCGUAGACAACAUCUUUGAGUUCCUACAGAUGAGCAGCCAGGUAAAAGACCUGUUUGUUGGGGAUGUGAUUUUUAAGGCCAAGCCAAUUCGUAAAAAGGAAAACAAGUACUACAUCCCCCAGGCUCUGUAUAGUAAAACAUACUACCCUCCCUAUGCUGGUGGAGGGGGUUUCCUGAUGGACGGGACCCUGGCGAGGAGGCUUCACUUAGCAGCAGAUACCUUGGAACUGUAUCCAAUCGAUGAUGUCUUCUUGGGCAUGUGUCUGGAGGUGCUUCAGGUUACUCCUAUCAAACACAAUGCAUUUAAGACGUUUGGCUUGGUAAAAAAUAAAAACAGUAAGUUGAACAGAGAACCUUGUUUCUUUAAGAGCAUGAUCGUGGUGCACAAGUUGCUCCCAUCGGACCUCAUGCACAUGUGGAACCUGGUCAACAGCGACCUGGUCUGCUCUCAGAAGGUGGAGAUCCUAUAGCUUGAUGGGAACUUGAAGGUAAGGACAGCACCCACAAGCUGAGCUGAACCUCGGCGGAUAUGAGCAGGAAGUAUGAUGCAGGAGAAGCAACGGCAAAUACAAACCUGCCAGUUACCUCUCUUUUGUGUGGAGAGGAACCAGGGUGACAAUUUACUGUCUGUGCAGUAAUGGAAUUUUUGAAGGUGCUUCUUCAAAAGUUAAGUAAAUUAUACAGUUUUUAUAACGUUGAACUAUGAUUUUGUAUUUAUAUUGGCAUUUGAAGGACUCACACUUUAGCACGCAAAUUCAGAAACAGAAAUGAGAUGCUGCAUCUAUAGGUGCCUAAAAAGCACAUUUACCUGGUCUACAAUAACACGAUUUCCGCUCAGUAGUAUAAAACUUGUUCUUAUUUUGGAUCUUUGAUAGACCUUGAGCCUGUUGGUUACUUUCCCAAUGCUUCGUUAACAGCAAAAUGCUGUUUCCUCUUCUUUUUUCUACUGUGAUUAUGGUGGAGGUUUUAUUUCGUCCAGGAACCCAUGCCUGCAGUUUGAGAAACGGGUGUUAUCUGUCACUGAACCAACACUGACCGUGAACCCAUUAAUGUGAAUAAAAUGUAGGUAAAAUGGAUCCUGGGAUCAUGUGGUACACAAAACCUUGGAUAUGUUUUAUCUGCUACUUUUGUUUGUUUCUUAUUUUCACAGAUCAAUGAAAUGCUUGGUUUAGUUUGAGAUAAAGUAAAAAAGUAAAAAGACAAUAUUAUUAAUCAUGCUAGAGGCUUUGCCUGAAGCUCAUUGCUCAUUUUUCUCACCUUAAAUCUGUUCAAGUUUUGGGUUUGUACUAAUGUUGCAGUGGCAUCAAGCAAGAGAAAGAAAACUACCUCAGUGAUUUCGUCAAAAAAUCAUGUCAUCAUUGGUCACCUGUUCUAUUUUAAGUGUCACGAGGAUAUUGUUGUCUGCAAAUACAUACAGGACCUUUCCUACAGUAAAGAUUACUUUUUGUAUUGUAGAAAUCCUUGCACUCAUUUAUUGGAAUUUACCUGACUUGAUCAGGAUGUCUGCUACUUUUUCACUACUGUAAACUUUUAUUUUUAAAUGUCUAAAGUUGUUAGAUGUAUGGUUUCUGUGGAUCUGAAUGUGCUGAAAUACUUGACAUGAAUUUGAUUGAGGGUUUACCAUGACACUGUGAACUUAAACUGUUGCUGGUACGAGUAUGUGACUUAUUUAAAUACCUAACUGAAAGAGGGAAAAUACGGGGUUCUUACGUUUAAUUUAAAGCCGCUGAUCACCAUAUUAAUGGGAUGUUCACUGAUUCUAAAGAUAAACAUUGUGGUUAUAGUGGGUAAUGACUGUGUCCUGGAAAUGUAAAUAUAUGUUUUAAAAAAA